CACAAAUUAGGGAGUCACAAACUCAUCCAUCACCGUUGCUGGGCGACUGUAUCUAAAUACGUGCGGUAUCCUAGCAACAGUGCCUAAACAAAAGGCUCGCGAUUUGCGGGCUGAUGUAGCCGGCUGGCUUCGAAGAUGAGCAGACGCAGCAGUGGCCUUGAUGAAAAAGGGGUCAACAAAAAUGGAGACCCGAGAGGUCAUCCCUCUGUGCUUACCGGUACACACACCGCAGCGAACCACCAAAGCAGGCUGUUGUCCGCCUUCAAGAAAGACACGGAAGCGAGUAAAACCUACCUGUCCAGGAGAGAGUACUACAGUGAGGAAGGGCAUACUUUUCAGCUGAGUCUUGUUGGAAAAAUAAAGAAACAGUUAAGUACGGAUCCUACUUUUCGUCCAGAGUAUCCAUCACCUCUGGGUCUGACAGAAUUCACCAGACGAGCCACAGAUGUUGCUUUGGGGAAAAGCCUGAAGCCUGUAGUGGAGAACCGGGUAUUAAGUAUCCAGACUCCUGGUUUCAAUGCUUCUGUGCGUCUCGGGGCUGAACUUUUACGAAACUGGAACAAUGACAGUUCUGCUUGGCAUGGGCCAGUCUACUUGUCCGCCCCUUGUGAUGACUCAUUGGCUCGCAUCUUCCACGCAGCGGGGAUCCAGGAUAUCCGUGAGUAUUAUUACUGGGAUGAUAAGCGGUGUGGUAUUUGUUUGGAGAAGCUUCUGGAGGAUCUGGAAAAGGCUCCGGAGCAUAGUGUUGUUGUUCUGUCAGCGUCUGGCCACUACCCAACAGGAGCAGACCUCUCACAGAGUCAGUGGGCUGCAGUUACACAACUCAUCAUGAGACGUCGGCUUUUCCCUUUCCUCUUACUGCCUGUUCAGGGUCUCUGCUGUGGAGAUGUGGAGCGUGAUGCCUGGCCUGUACAGCACUGUGCGAUGCUGGGGAUGGAGCUCAUCUGUGCCCAGUCCUUCUCACACUGCUUUGGACAAUACGGUGAGGCAGUUGGACACCUUCUGUGCAUCUUAAAACACAACUCCUUCCUAUUGUCUCUGCAGUCACAGGCUGAGAAUAUAAUCAAAUCCCUGUGGGCCCAGCCAUCUGUGGGAGGGGCACAUGUUGUUGCUACAGUGCUCAGUAAUCCAGCCCAUCUUGCUGAGUGGCAGGGAGAAGUUAAACGCAUUGUUGAACGGUGUAUGCUUAUCAGAAAAAUUUUAAGAGAAAGGCUGAGACUUUUGGGAUGUCCAGGUUCCUGGGAUCACCUGACUCAACAAAAUGGACUCUACUGUUGUAUAGGUUUGACUGGUCAGCAGGUGGAAUUUCUAUCAUCAAAAAGACAUGUAUACCUGCUCCCAAAUGGCUGUCUAAAUGUGAGCACAAUCAACAGCCAUAACCUGGAAUAUGUAGCUGAAUCCAUCCAUCUGGCUCUGACCACUUCAUUCUGACUAUGAGGCAUUCGAUGAAGACUUGAAAUCAGUGCAAAUGGAGCCUUUUAGCCUAUUCAGAUCAAACAGGAGUUGUAGUGUUUGAGACAUUGUUGUGCUCAGCUCCAUAGAAACUGUAGUUGUUAAGACAGUGCUACUGCAAAGUGAAUAUUAAACUAAUGGAGCAAAAUUUAGAGACUUAUGGAUUCACCAGUUUUUAGGAACUGUUGCAGAGUUUGGGCUGGCAAUAGGAAGAAGAAGCAGUGGGAAAAACAUGAACAAU